CCGCCCGCCCCGCCUCCUUUGUCUCCUCACACAGUGCAGCGGAAGGGGCGGGCGGGAGUCGCCAUGUCGUGGGACGGCGCCUCGGCUGAGGGUCCAUGUCUAGAAAGUACUUCACCAUCAUCUUCCUCUACUCCACCCAAUGAGAGAUCUGGAGACUCCAAUUCAUUACUGUGUGGAGAAGCACCACCUGAAAAAGAUGAGAAGAAAGAUACCAACAUCAGUGACAUGAAACUGUCAGUGGAGGAUAAUAGUAGCAAACCCGCUGCUGUGAUAGAAGCAAUGACCACCACAGUACACGAGAAAACAAAGUUAGAGAGGUCAACAGAUGACAGUUCAUAUAAGGAGGGAAUUGUGCAAGAGCCAAUAGAAACUGCUACAAUACAAGAAUUAUCAGUGGACGGUCAGUCUGAACGUGGGGAGGUGAAGAACACUUCAAAGGAUUCUGGGCAGAAACAAAGUGGAACAAUGAAAGUAGUUCAACAGAGCUCAAAAUCCUCAUCUUGCAAGUUUCUGCCUUCUGCACACUUGAAGGAAAAAGUGAAAGCUGUUCCAUCAGCUACAACUGUUCCACCUCACUAUUUGGGAACGUUAAAGGUAUUAGAGGAUAAACACUUGCAGAAGAACAGUACAGAAUUUGACAGAGCAGAUAGUUUGCGAGCAGCUGUUUUCCAGAACUGGAUGGAAAAGAAAAGAGCCUUACUACUGGAAUUAAAGAGAGCUGAAAAGAAAAAAGCUGAAGAGCUGAGGAAUGAUACUGAAAAGAAAGAAGCUGUUAAAAGAGAGGAAGCAAAUGCAUCUUUUAAAUCCUGGAAAGCAAUGAAAGCAAGAGAAGCAAAGAAGUUGAAUGAAAAAAAGAAGCUUGAGAAACUUAAGGAAAAGGAAGCAGCAGAACAGAAUGCAGAGAGAGCAGAAGCAGCACAGAAGGCAUUUGAAAAAUGGAAAGAGAAAAAAAUAGAAUAUUUGAGAGAGAAAGGCAGACAGGAAGAACAGUCUGAAAGAAUCAGGAAGAAAAAAGAAGAGGAAUUAGCUGCAGAAAAGAAGAGAGACAGCAUAUCAGCAGUUGAAAAAUGGAAUGAUAAAAAGAAAGAAUAUAUGAAACAAAAGAAGGCAGAAAAAAUUAUAGAGAGAAGAAAAAAAGAAAUACAACAGGCAGAGAAGGAUGAAAAAGAUAAAAUGGCCAGAGAAGAAUAUGAAAGAUGGCUGGGAAACACGUUGAGGAGAGAGCAACUUCAGAAGAAGCAGAAGAACCUCCAUGCUGUGCACAGGAAUGAAGUGCCUUUUCCAUGGGUCCCACCUGGCAAAGUCACCUAUACAAAGAAUUACUGAGCAGCCUAUUGCCCUCUGUACGAAAAGAUGAUCUGCUUAUGCUCUGAA